CAGGAGGUCAGCCGGUGACCACCGGAAGACCCGGGUGCACGUUUCGCCGCUUUCCACACUAGUAGCACGACCAUCAACCAUCUUAACGAUGAGGGCCGUUAGUACUCGCCCUCCAAGCAAUGAUUCCAAAGACAAAAACUCCAACAAAGCGAAAGGAAGUCCCUCGCAAGACUUGAAGUGAUGGACAAGGAAAUGGGGUAUUACGAGCACGAGCAGUUUGAAAUUUCGGGCGGCGUUCAAGCUUCAGUUUCGCCGCUCAACGUCAACUUCCCCCGGGUGAUUGACAGCAAGCUUAAUGAACAUGCACAAGGCACCUCGCUUAGCUGCUCUCCUCUUGUUCCUUCUCUCGAACUUGCGCCAGAAUGUCUUCAAGCCGCUUUUUUGAGGACUCAUCCAAUAUACAUUUCUCUGGCAACCCGUUCUUUACACAUGCAAAUACAGUUACAAUCAACAACUUUUACAAUCGUUCAGCAAGUAUGGAAUGUGAACUAGGAUCGUCGUACUCUCGGAGGGACGACCACCAAUGGCUUACUUUGCGUGGAGGACGACUCAGGAUCAGAUUGAUAGACAUGAGCGAUAUAAACAUCUUGCAGGAAAUUUCCUCAGAGACGCUUCGUGUGUUGGUCAAAUUGAAGUCCACGAACCCGUUUCGAAGCAGGAUGGGAAGUGUUAUAAAGCUGCAUAGAAGGGUAGAAAGUGCAGAAAUUGUUCCUGGGUUUGGAGGUCGACGGUUUACGGUUGUUUCACUUGAACCCGAAAAUGACGCCGACAUCGAGAAGAUACAGACGGUAUUACAGCCGCUUUUGGAGGUUGCUCUCUCUCGACGUCGAGUCUGGCUUACACAGCUCUUUGGAGUGGGGCGGUCGAUAAUUCCAACGCUGGUAUAUCACGAUGAGUUCGUCAAUGUAGAGGCUAUCAUCGAGCAAUACGAGGAGACGCCGAUCGUAUACAUCUACUUGUUGUGCCAAUUGAGCCAUUCAGUUUUCUGCAUUUAUGAUGAUGGCACUUUGCAGAAGUUUCUCACUCUACUUUCGGAUGACCCUUCGUAUUGGAGGUUCAAUCUGAGGACUCAUUCAUUCCAGUAUGACGCCGUAUCCAAGGCACUCUCCGACGAAGACCCACCGCGCUCCUUUGAUCGAGUGUUUCCGCUUCCUCGCAAUUGUAAUCCGCCACUCGAUUCCAACGAAAUUGUCCGCGCUCUUCCAGACUACCUGCAGAUGGUUUCAGUAUUCAGAAAGAAAACCUACAUCGACCGUAGAGCAGGUUUUCUCCGUGCCGGUCUAAUAACAUUUGGCACUCUUGUUAAUCUCACAAAACCCGGAAUCCUCGCCUACUUUCCUUCCAUUUCAUCCCCUGUGUGGUCCUGCAAAUUUAGUAUACUUGGUACUCCAGAUAUCAUUCCUGUGUAUUCGGCUUCAGUCCCUUCGCUUCUUGACCUCAAUUUCACGAAGACUCGGAAUAACGGCAUAUGGGAAAUGGAUGUUCGGUUCUCAUUAGAGCUACUACCAGAGGACCGCCAACGACUUCGGACUGCCUACCUCGUGCAGUCAUUCCCUUUUUACAACAAGUAUGACGUUUCCAGUGAUUUGGUCUUCAUAGAUGAGCUUGGCUUCGAACUGACUGGGACCUUCAAGUCGGAUCCGUCAAGUUGCAAUUUCCCGAAAUAUCUACACGUCCCACCUAUAUCUCCUGCCUGGAUCAACAACAUGCCCUGCCUUCGCUGGCCAAUAAACACACCAUUGUUCUAUUGGUCCUUUGAUCGUAACGGAAAGAUGAAGAUUUCAGAAAGAGAGUGGAAGCGGUAUGGAAUUCCAGACUUGAUAGUAGAACCAUAUAUCAUGUCGAGCUGGGAGAAGCUUGUGUGCCACUCGGUUUGGGAAUAUCUUUCCUUGAAGAAGUAUGACUUUCGGAGUGGUCGACAGUUUGCCCGUGAUCACGGGUAUCCGAUUCUAGUCGAAGGCGAUCCCAUGAUGUCCCCGGAGGCAGCUUCGUGCAUCGUGCCCCGAGUCAAGAACUUGAGUUGGGAGCUUGGAGCAGAAAGGUUCGGCUCUAAUUUUACCACUAGGAAAGAGAAAGGAAAAGCCCGCGAAAUGGAUCCGCGAGUUGAUGUCCAGGCUGCUCGUGCAGGACAAGCACCCGUAGUCGAAAUUUCACAUUGA